AUGGUUACAUACUAUGAAAUCCUGGGGCUCCCCAACUCACGGGACGCAGCAAGAUUUCUCACCCCACAGCUCCUGAAGGCAGCAUAUCGGAAAUCACUACUCCAGCACCACCCAGACAAAGUCCAGCAAGUUUCCUCGCCAGAGCCUGGCUCUACAAAGGCUACAAAUAAACAACCCAGUAGUGCCUAUACUGUAGAUCAAAUAACAAAAGCCUACUCCAUCAUAUCAACGCCGAAGCUCCGUGAGGAAUAUGACAGAGAGCUUGCCUUGGAGUCUCAGCGGACGGGCGAAUUUGGAGCCCAGCAGAGGAAUGGAUUCCGCACGGGCGUAGAGACCGUUGAUCUGGAUGAUCUGGACUUUGAUGAGAAAGAGUCACUGUGGUUCCGGAGCUGCAGGUGUGGAGACGAUCGUGGAUUUUUGAUUCGCGAGGAGGAUCUGGAAGAAGCUGUAGAUGACGGAGAACUUGCUGCUCCCAAAUCCGCCCCUCCCGCAGCAAAGCAAGCUCUCAUACUGGACUGGUUCCACAGAUCACUCAGCGCCCACUCCUUCAAGGACCUCGAAAAAGCACUUCCGGCCGUCGCCUCGAUCAGUGGGAUGGUUGUCAAAGACUAUCUUCAAGCCCUCAGCGACGAAGGAUUGAUCAAAGUUGAGAAAAUAGGAAGCGGCAACUGGUACUGGGCGUUCGUCUCAGACGCGAAGCAAAGCAAGGAGAAAGUCCUCCACGACCUCCAGGCCGAAGAGACAAAGCUGAAGAUAUCGAUUGCCGACAUUAAGAAACACAUUACUGAGGCAACUGCUCAAAGAGAUGAAGAUGAUGAAAUGUUGGAAGACAACGGCAUGGACAGGCAGGCACUGUUGGAAGCUCACGAGCGACUCCUGAAAGAAACGGCGUCACUGGACAAGGAAUUGGCUGCAUACAGCGGAAGCGACCCUACAGAAGUUCUUCGCAAAGAAAAGGAGAUUCAGAGUUUGAAAGAUGAUGCAGAGCAGUUCACGGACAACCUCGAAUGCAUCCGGAGCUACCUGCUGGACCUCACCAACGACAGAGAGCAGGUGGCUCUGGUGAUGCAAUCGACGUGUGGAGAUGAAUAUAUCCCUGGUGAAGGGCUCAAGGAACUUUGAACAGGGGAGGAG